UGUACAAACCGAAUCUUGUCGGUAUUUGGUGCACAAAUCAAAGGAUUUUUGGGACUUGCGCGAUCUGCCAAACAGCUGUUUGGUUAUGAACACUGAACACGUUGUUGUCGUUGAGUUUAAAAUAUUUGUUUUCUCUUCUCACAAUACUGAUACUGUUUAUAAGUAUUAAUUUUAAGGUUUUGUUUUAAUAUGAAUACUUUUUUCGGUGUAAAAGCACCGUCGUUUGCGCCAUUGUUUUUUAAUCACUCUUGUUUGGCACAUUUUUCUAUAAGCAUUGAACGCAUUGUACAAAUUAAUUGCGGCAGCUGCUACAGUCUCCACAUCCAUAUCCAUAAUCAGAGUUUGUUUUUUGUUUAUUCACUAAGAAAGGUUAAUGCAGACUGAUAACUCCACCAACGUGUAAUCACCAUGUAUUCAUUGUUCUUACUUGGCCCAACUUAUUGGCCCAACUCAUUGGCCAACUAGUUGGCCCAACGUGUACUGGAGCCAUAAGACAAUGACAUUGACAUAACCUAUAAAAUAAAGUAAAUAGACAAACAUGUUAUUAUAAAAUGUUUCCGAUUUAAAAUAUUCUUUCCCCUAAAAUAAUGUAAGUUCUUCCACCUAAAAUAAACUAAUGUUUAUUUAUAUGAACAGCAUAUUUUAAUGACGGACAGAUGACGUUAUAGUCAGUAGCACUAGCAUUACAAGUACAAAACAAGAUAGAUAAAAGUCCCAAAGGAAUAAGGAAUGUUCAUUUUGUGAACAUAAAAAAUGUCCAAUAGUAAACUGUGAAAAUGGAUGUAAAGGUUAAAAUUGAACAUGAAGAAGAAAUUGAUCUUCCUGAUCUCAUAGAUCCUCAAUCCAUAUCAGAAGAAUAUGGUAUCCCAAAACAUGAAAUACAUACCUGUUCUGAAUGUCUAGAAGAUUUCAAUAGCGAAUUCCUUCUUAAGGUUCACCAAAUGCUCCAUGACAAAACCCAAUACUGUUUUAUUUGUAAGAGAACACAUCACAGCAAUUUUAAAGAACAUGUUAUGGAAAGGCACUUCAACGAAUGUGACGUUUGUUUCAAAAAUUUUAGCUACAGGAGAAGCUUGGUUCACCAUAUGGAGCUCCAUACUGGGAAUUUAAAUUACAUCAAAUGUGAGAAGUGUGAUAAAAAAUUUAGGCAAAGGAGCGGCUUAUCUACCCAUAUGCGAUCAUAUCAUGAAGGAAUUAAACCAUUUGCAUGCAAGCAAUGUGAGGGAACUUUUACAACUUCUUCAAGCCUUAAAAAGCAUGUCAGGAACAUGCACAAUCCAAACAAUCCAAAACCGCUCAAGACAUAUGUAAAACAUGAAUAUGAUUGUGAUGUGUGUUCUAAACAGAUCACAAACAAAAGAGAACUGGAGUUGCACUAUAAAGAACAUUAUGAAUCAAAUAAGUGUAAAUUAUGUGGUAAAGAAUAUAAGAAACUUUCAAAUUUCAAAUUCCAUGUAUUUCGUCAUCAUUUCCUAACUGAAACAUGUACGUGUUGUGGCAAACUUUUUCAUAAAAGAACUAUCGAGAAACAUAUGCAAUCACAUGAUGUCAAAAAAGCUAUUAGCUUCUGCGAAAUUUGCAAUAAACCAUUCGGUUCAGCCUUAUCACUUUCGAUGCAUUUAGUGAAACAUAGGACUGCUCGAUGUAAACUUUGUGGGUUAACGAAAAUAAAGUCGAUGGAAAAGCAUUUAGAAGCCCAUAGAAAAGGUAAAGUACAAAAAUGUUCGAUCUGCGGUAAGAUUGUGGGUGAUAUAGAUGCUCAUAAUAAGAACACUCAUAGGAAUACACAGUUUAUUUUUUGCACCAUGUGUCCUGAAAAAUUUACGUCAGUCUCCGAAAGAAAUGAUCAUCAUCAAAUAGAGCAUUUUGCGACUAGGAGAUGUCCUAGCUGCAAGGAACAAAUGGAUGACUUCAAACUGGACGAACAUUGUAGGAAGUAUCACCCAGAAUGCGUGUAUGAAUGUGAUUAUUGUGAUGACGUUUUAUACGGCAUAUCUAGUUACAAUGCACAUUUAGAAAGGCAUACAAAGAAAGCGAUCAAACCAUACAUGUGUAACAACUGUCUAAAAAGCUAUAAAAGUGAAGCAGGUCUGAAAAUGCAUACCUGUACAUCUUCACACUACUGCCAUCUAUGUAACAGAUAUUAUACUUUAAAGAGAAGUUACAAAACUCAUAUGAUUCGAAAACAUUCACCACAAAUCAUAACUGCAAACGAUACUGAAAAUUUGAACGUUCUUGAAAUUGGCGGUAAAAAGCUAUACCAAUGCAAGAGGUGUUUCUUGACGAUGAUGUUUAGAAUGAAGCGUAGACAUUAUUGCCACAGGGGGGCGGCUGUUCUUGUUCGAAGGAUACGACAUCAUAAAUGUAAUUUGUGUGGAUUUUUGGGAGCUUCGAUGGGUGUGAUGAGACGACACUGUUUUAAAUAUCACGAAAAUGAAUCCGAUUGGGUUACCAUUAAGGUUGCUGGUAAAAAACCGCUGAUAAGAAGGAACUUCAUAUAUAAAUGCCAUUGUGGAAGACGAUUUAAAUAUGAAAGGACACUUAGCGAUCACAGGUCCGAAUGUCUGCUGGUAAAGCCAUUCAAAUGCAGAAUAUGUGACUCCAGAUUCAUAUGUAAAGGGCAUCUUUUACACCACCUGAGGAAAUACCACGUUCCCAGAGUGGUGGAAGAUCCAUCGGAAGUGAAAAACUUGGCCAAUGCUAAAGGCCAUCAAUUGAAACGAAGAGCUGUACCUAGUGCUACUGUGGUGACAUAUAGGCAAAGAAAGAAAGCACUAAAAUGCAAGCUUUGUGAGUUUGCUUGCUUUAGUUCCAAAUUUAUGGGGCACCAUAGAAGAACGUAUCAUGAUAGUGACAAUUUGUCCUUAGAAGACCUCAAUUAUAAACUAGAAGUGGAACGAUAUGUUUGUAAACAAGAAGGAACAUUGCCAGAUGUCACCUGACAAACUUAGUUGUGCUAUAGGAAAAGUCAAACAAUAAGGAAUGCACGUAAUGUUUCCCUUGUUGCCAUAUUCUAAAUUUGAAAAAAUGUAUAGGGAAUAAUCAGAUUUCUUUGACAUGCCUGACAUGCUAUUCCUAUUACAGCGAGCAUUUCAUUGGGUAGAAUUAGUGAUGAGUUUAUAUGACGUCAUUAUUAUAUUUGGAGAGAUUGUAAAUGGUAACUGACGUCUGACAUAAUAAUAAAGGUUAAAUAUAAUGUCAAAUUAUUGUUUUCAAAUCCUAUUUUAUUUAUUUAGUGUAUUUUAACGUCAGUUUAUUUUUUAACCCUUCCCUAUCCUUGAUUGGUCGAUUAGGUCCGUAAUAGUUUUGUUGUAUGGUAGGUUUAGUUGGGCGUUAAUUUUAAGAAAUGUUGCUGGCUAAAUGGACACAGCUCCCAAAGGUCACAAAAGAAAAAGAAAAAGAAAAAAAAAUAA